GGGCUUCUAUGAAGAGUUCUGUAGGCUUUGGUUUAACCAUUUAAGAAUAUUUAUGAAUUAGAACUAUAAAGCAACCAGAAUUGUGGUACUGGGCCCAUACUCUUGGGCCGAAAGAGCCGUCACACGAAAACAAACAAACAAACUAUAAAGCAGCGAGAUGGAUAUUUUAAAGGCAGAAAUUAUGAAGAAGAAGCGACAGCUGGAAGAAAGUAAUGUUUUGCAAAAUGAUAGAAAAUAUUUCAAAAGAGGUGAAUUAUUGUCGAAAGAACGUGAAGUUGCGGAAAAUAGAGGAGGAAGUAAGGAUAAUGUCAUGUCAGACUUGAAUGAACAAUUUGAACGGUCUGUGACUGAUAACGGUUCCGAGCAUUUAGCUCUCUCUAGGCCUGAAGUAAUCCGCCGUUUACGUGAACGUGGAGAACCAAUUUUAUUGUUCGGAGAAACAGAAUUAGAAGCUUUUAAACGACUGAGGAAAUGUGAAAUUCUUGAACCUGAGGUUAACAAGGGUUUCCGAAAUGACUUCCAAGAAGCUAUGGAACAAGUUGAUCAAGCUUAUCUCAAUGAGAUUUUGACAUCCUCAAAACCCCAAGGUCGGGAUGGAAAAGGUGACGUAAAUGUACCAGAUGAAGGUAUUACAUAUGAAGAUAUACAAAAAAUGUCUGCUAAAUUGAAUAAUGGUGACAGAGAUUAUGAUAUGAAUGUCAUCACACAAUUCCUGCAAUUCAUGGUACAAAUGUGGGGAAACCAAUUAAAUAGUAAGUCAACAGCUGAAAAAAUGAGUACAAGAGGAAAGAUGGCUAGUGCAACAUAUACCCAAACCAGGGAAUAUUUGAAACCCUUAUUAAGAAAACUAAAAAAUAAAUCACUGCCUGAAGACAUCACUGAUAGUUUAACAGAAAUUGUAAAACAUUUACUGGAACGCAAUUAUAUACUGGCCAGUGAUGCGUAUCUUCAAAUGGCAAUUGGAAAUUCUCCUUGGCCCAUUGGUGUUACGAUGGUUGGUAUUCAUGCACGUACCGGAAGAGAAAAAAUUUUUUCCAAAAAUGUUGCACAUGUAAUGAAUGAUGAAACACAAAGAAAAUACAUUCAAGCUCUGAAGAGGCUCAUGACCAAGUGUCAAGAAUAUUAUCCUACUGACCCAUCAAGAUGUGUUGAGUAUUCAAAAACAUAGUUAUUUUGAGGCAAGUUUAGUAGGUUUAUGUAACAAGUUCAUCAGAACUAGCAUUAAGUAAUUCAAUAAUGUCAUUCAUUUUUAAAUACUUAUAAAAUUAAAGCCAUAAUUGUGUGUGUAAUUAGGGUAAAACAUUGUGUGUACAUAUACUGUAUAUACAGACAUAUUUACAUAUAAAAUUGAGACCAUAAAAUAA